UGUUCUGUAACAUGUUUAUAGGUCAGAGCUCAAGGAAGAAAUUUUCAUUGACUGGAAGUUUUUUCUUUACCAGUUUUUAAAAAACAUUAUUUUGGUCUUAAAAGUACCAAUGGUAUCAACAUGACUUUAAAAACUGUUUCUUGUGCGGCACUUAAAUUUUUUUUGUAUGGUGCUUGUAGAUGGAGCAACGUGGUGAAAGGGAAAGAACCGUAUGUUGUAACAAUGCUAUGAUCACAGAAGAUUACUUAACCUAUUUCAUUUUAUAAAAUGGGAACCAAAACACCUGCCUACUCACCAGGAUUAUUAUUGAGGAUCUAUUGAGAUACUUUCCUUUAAAUGGUAUCUUCAUAAUGGAGACUUCUUCCCUGAUCAGCAGAUUAUUUCUCCAGUAAUCUAAAUUUUUCAAACAGAUUUUAAAAAAUUUUGAAGAAUCAAAGUUAUCACAGAUGUAAGAGUCCUAACUAAAGCUGUUUUAACAGAAGGGGGGUGGCUGCUGUGUCUACUGGAAAUUUGGGAAGUGAAGAGUCAACAGCUGACCACAUACAGUAUGAUUUCUGGUAUAUCCUAUUUUAGGAUGAGAUGUGGUACUGUUGAAAUGCCAGUCUGCUUUGAUUCACAGACAGUUGGCUUUUCAGCUGGGAAGCCUUUUUUUCUUCUUUCUUUUCUUUUUUAUUUGCCAGCUCACUGAACUUAUGAAAUCAUGGCAGAAGGAGAGACAGAGUCACCUGGGCCCAAAAAGCAUGGCCCCUAUAUUUCAUCUGUCACUAGCCAGAGUGUGAACUUGAUGAUUCGAGGAGUAGUGCUGUUUUUUAUUGGAGUAUUUCUUGCAUUAGUGUUAAAUUUACUUCAGAUUCAGAGAAAUGUGACCCUCUUCCCACCAGAUGUGAUCGCCAGCAUUUUCUCUUCAGCAUGGUGGGUACCCCCGUGCUGUGGCACCGCUUCAGCGGUGAUUGGGUUAUUAUACCCCUGCAUUGACAGGCAUCUAGGAGAACCACAUAAAUUUAAAAGAGAGUGGUCCAGUGUAAUGCGGUGCGUAGCCGUCUUUGUUGGUAUAAAUCAUGCCAGUGCUAAAGUGGAUUUUGAUAACAACAUACAGUUGUCUCUCACACUGGCUGCACUAUCCAUUGGACUGUGGUGGACCUUUGAUAGAUCUAGAAGUGGUUUUGGCCUUGGCGUAGGAAUUGCUUUCUUGGCAACCUUGGUCACUCAACUGCUAGUCUAUAAUGGUGUUUAUCAGUAUACAUCUCCAGAUUUUCUCUAUGUUCGUUCUUGGUUACCAUGUAUAUUUUUUGCUGGAGGCAUAACAAUGGGAAACAUUGGCCGACAACUGGCAAUGUCAUCACAUGUCAUUCCUAGAUCUUCUGGGAAUGUCUACUUAACCACAGUACAAGAGUGGCAGUUCUGUUUUGAAACAAUUCUUUCUGCUUCUACAAAAGCUUGAGAUUUUCCAGCAAGACAUUACAGAAAGACAAAGUGCUACCCCACCAUCUUAGGCUCAGCUGGAUGCAGCUGCUGUGCUUAGUGUCUACACACGUGGCUUGGGAAGCCUGCAGACUGACAAAUUGAAGAUGAAGCUUAAAGAUAUUUGUAAAGACAGAUCUCGGAUUUUCUAUGCCUCAAACCUAAUGUGUGUCAGUCUAUACCCUUCCAAGAGAAAGCAGGUCAGUGUACGUUGUUGAAGCAGAUAUUUCUAGAAUAUAUGUAAAAUUCAUAGUAAAUGUGAGUCAGGUUCAGCUUUUUUCUAGAAAAAUUAAGUUAGUGAUCUUUAAAUGUUUAAGGGGAUUAGUUCUGGUCCUUUGGCCCCAACUAAUUGCAAGGGAGCUGGGAUGUGUAAUCCACCCCUGAGGGAUAAGAGAACCAAAUAUAGGCAAUGUCCACUGCAGUUGGUAUAAAGCAUUUUGUAGUGUUCCCUUCCAUUAGAAUAUUUUCCUUCCUAAGUGAUUCAUAGUGAACACAACUUAAAAAAAAAACAAAAACAAAACGUUUUUUGCUGGUAAAAUUAAAAUUAUAGUCUUUAAAACAUACAUAAACUUUAUAUCUAAGUCCUGGAAUGGUGGGAAAGAAGGAAGGAGUUCACUUUUGUCUUUUCCUCUCAUGUAAAAUAAGUAGUGAGGGGGAGGGAGUUAAUCAAGUGUUGCCUUUAUGCCUCCUGUAAACAUCCCCACCACAGCUCUCCAAAUAUUGACCCCAUUAUAGCUGCCAACAGCAACAUUUUUCUGAAAGGCAGAACUGGGUUUCAAACUCUGCUCUAACUUCACUCCAGUGACCAAGGAUUCUCCUUGUCACCACAGUACUGUCUCUGUAAGUCUCUGCAAGUGGUUUUGCACAUGCAUUUCCAGCAGAUUGCUAAGACUAUCACUUAGAGUAUGUUACUCGGCACCAUACGAAUUGUUGAUGUGAAUGCAACCUUGAUUUCAGACAUAUGUUCUGUUCAUUAUGUUCCUCCACUCUGGAGUUUGGGUCCUGUAGAAAGUUAACAUAAUAAGUAAUCUUAGAAAGUCCAGUGACCUCAGCCUUCGGUGAAGGCCUAGACUUGGACCACAUGAGUCUCUUGAUAAUAGAUUGUCUAUUGCAACCUCCACAGUCCCAUAUGAGAAUCUGACAGAAUAGAAAGGAGAUAACAUUUUUUUAAGCAGGUUUUGACUAAUAACUUUUUAAAAAGUCUAGUUUUAGAGAAGUCAGUGAGUUUUUGUUCUGGGUGGUAUAGUUUUGGAUGGGCCCUGUAUUAUGUAAGUCCUGGCCUUGUGGGAUCCAUGCAAAUGGCCUAUGUAGAUGGUAAGUUCUGUAAGAGAACAGCAUGUUAACAUGCUGGUCAGGAAAGGCCUCUGAGAGGUGGGGACAUAGGUAUUGAUGAGUUUAGAGGAAGGGUCCAACUCAGCUUGAGGUGGGAGGGCAUUUUUCCUUGGUGUGGGAUGGACAGUAAAACAAGAUAGGCAGACAGGGGAUAGUCUCUGAAGUACUCUGAAUCCGAAGUCCAGUCUGGAAAUAGUGAAGAUUGCAGGUGGAAGAAGUAGUGGAAGGUAGGACUUAAAAUACAGUGAUUGGCUUCCCUUUGGGAUUUAAGUGACCCCUAUAAAGUGGACAAGCAGAGUGUGCUUCUGUUAGGCAGGGUCCACAGCUGCCCAGGGGGUUGCUUUUAGGAGGCAUACAAGUUGAGACUGGCCCCCCUCUACCACAGUUGAUAGCAUUCCCGUUAUUAAUCAAUCAAACAUUGCUAUCAGACUUUUCUUGAAAAAGAAUGUUCUGAGGUGAUCAAGGUGUGGCCAUGAGGUCUGGGAAGCUUCAGGGAAGAGUCAGCCUUGGGAAUCAAACAAUCCAGCUUGAGCAAGGGAGAGUUACUUACAGGCCAGGACUCUGGGCAGUUCCCCAGGCUUUUAAACUUCAGUUUUCUCAUCUGUAAACUCAGAUACACGACCAUCUUACUUUCAGGACUGUGAACAUUAAAUGCAGUAUUAGGUAAGCAGGUGUCCAAAUAAACCUUAAUGCCUUUCCUUUUUGCUCUUGUUUAGUCACUUCAACAAAUGGGUCCUGAGCCAGCACACAGGAUUUCCUUUUCAUUAGGCUACUUCCCUAGGUUACUGUCAAAGUGAAGGGAAGCAUAUGCCCGAAUCCGCUAUGCCCACUGACCACCUACCCCAGCUUCACUCAUCAGGUUAGUUAUAGGGACCAGAUAUCCUAAGGAAGUAGAACAGAAAACUGGCUAGUUGUUACUGUACUGAGGACUGUUGGGCUAGAAGUUGGGUCAGGUUUGGCUGGCGUGUUACCCCGGUAGGGAAGCUCAGAUGAGGUGCCACAGAUGGUGUGAGGACACCAGAGGAAGGAAGGGGGUGGGAAGUGGAGAUAGGUUUUGUCAGCAUUUCAUUUUUGCCUAGGGAUAAUAGCUCUCUCCUCGUACUUUACAGUGUCACCUCAGUGAGAGUGUAGUUUCCCAAAGAAGUUACAUUUUAAUUAGCCAUAAGGAACUGGUUUCUUAUGUAGCAGUCCUUUCUCCAGGCCUCAUCAUUUCGGAUUGCUUUUGCCCAGGUCUGCCGCUUGCCUGCUUCUUUUCAUGCGUAUCAGAAGGGAACCACCAAGCAGCCUGGAAAUCCUCUCACCAGACCUCAGGAUAUUAAUUGUCGAGUUCUCUCCCACGGUUACACAAGUGCUGAAAAAGUGGUUCUCUUUCAACAGUGUCCUGUCAAAAUGCCAGGCACAGUUUGUUUUUGACAUUUGCUGCUGCUGUUAAAUAAUAGUCUUGCUUCUGUCAUAGCUAAUGUUGACUUGAAGGCAUUUGAAGGGCAUUUCUCAACUCCAGCCUUAACUGUGAGACCUGUGUCUUGACAUAUUUUUCUUACUUGCCCAGGGCAACUGGAUAUAAGGGUUCCGACCUUUGCUUUUCUAAGCUCAAGAAAAUUUCAAAUGGGCAGGCACCACUUAAAACUUUAGGUCUAAUUGUACUGAAUGCAUGCAUUCACAGACAUAAAUGCAGGCACACAAACAAGCUGGAGUCUGACAUUUUGCCAUUCUAAGAAUACCAUUUGAACCAAUUAAAUAGUAUCCCUUUUUAGGACCCCUUAAAUCCUGGCUGUUCUGCCUUGGUAAAUCUUUAUCUGUUAGAAUGUCUUACUUAAUUAAAGAUCUCUUUAAAAUCAACAAGCAGUUUUACUGUUGCUGUAUUUGCAGUGGAGCAAGUCCCCGGUCACCGCCCAGCUAACAGUGUGCACUGUGUGUGCUAUCUGUCCAAGAGAAUCUGGGCUCUUCACAUGUAGCACUUUCUUCUCUUACUAUGUCCAUAAGAAUUUAAUUUAUGAUCAUUUUUCCCACUUCUUCUGAAUUUUUCCUCCAGUUUUUUAUAGAUGAACAUGUAGAGACCUUCUAAUAGGAUCGUAAUUUCUGAAAUGUUCACUGUUUAUGAGGUAAUAGAGGGGAGAGUAAGAAAAAAAUUGGGCAGAGCAAGAAUUCUAUGGAAUGGUGUAGGAGUUGGCAUCAAUUGUACAUGAAUAGGCCAAGAAAUGUGCAGUUGGUUUCAAAAUCAGUACCAAAGGGGUAGUUAAUUAGACAAUUUUGUGUUGUGCUUUCAGAAAAAUAGAAGUUUACCAGUCAUUAGGAUUUCCAAAAAGUAAGACAACUUGGCUUUGGAGCACUGUACAUUGAGCAGUAGACUGUAAACCUAACAUAUGUUCCAUCAGACCCUGCAACAUCCUUUUCUUUGACUAUCCUUCUGUCUCAAAAUUUAUCCUCAAAUUUUGAGAAAUAAUUAUUAGAGGUUUCUAAAAUUACAAAAUCUUAGCAUGUAAAUUAUUGUACUGUCACCUCUCACUCUCUCCUUCACUUUGAGGCUAAUAUUUGUUUGAGAGACUAGUUUUAGAUGGCAGCAGUUUUUCUUCUUCUAUGAAGAAUUUGGAUUUAUUUAAAAUCAACAUGUAAUUAUCCCAUGAUGAUUCAUAUAUAUCACAUAGCCACUUAACUGAGUUAUAAGAUUCACAGAGGAGAGUGAAGGGACCCUAAAAUUCAUGUAGGACAGUCCAAUCUUCUCAUUUCACAAAUACAAAGCAAAACUCAUUGAAUCGGGGCUUGUUCUAGGUCAUACAGCCAAUUAGUGGCAGCAUGAAACUUUCUAGUAGCUUUAAGAGGGUGUAACAUUUUAAUUCAUGAAAAAUGUAGAUUUAAUUUUGUAACUGGUAGAUUUAUAGCAAUGUUGACAACUGGUAGGAAAUGGGCAUGCAUGAAUUAUGAAUGUUUUUAUUAUGCAGGGCAAUUAUUUGUUACCUUAAGUAAUAGCUGGUAAAUAACACUAUUAAUUAUAUGCUUUACAUAUACCACCUCACUUAAUUACCCCAUUAAUAUAGUGAGUUAAAGAUUAUUAUCUAUGAAGAAACAAGGUUAGUCCUUUAUAUGUGCAGAAAUAGUGGCUUACAGAGGUCAUACAUACCCUGCCAACAUGGCACAAGUGGACUCUGCAGCUGGGGAUGGAGCCCAAGUCUUCAUUCUUCCCAGGAUGCAUCUCUCUGUGAUGUCAACACAGGAAUAGGGUUGGUGGGAUUUGGUUUACUCCUAUGAAAUGUUAAAUGUAGAACUUAAGCAUAUGUGUAAAAAUCAUGCAUGCCCUUGCCCUUUCCUAAACAAAUUUAAUUUUUAAUUGGAACAAUAAACAACUUCACUGGACAAUUCUUGGCUAAGAAAUGAGUUCUGAGCCUGAGAUUUAUCAUUUGGUGAUGAAGUUAUAUGUCUUGAAAGAAGAGGUGUGGGGAAAGAUUAUUUGCAUCAUGACUUAUAAAGUGGAGGCAUUUUUAAAUCAAAGAAUUGUGUUAAAUAUUUUCAUAUAAAGAAAUAGGAUGUAAAACACUUCUUACCAGGUAUGUUUUUCAUUUAUGACUUAAAUAUGAAUCUCCAAGCCACUCAGUUUGCAAUUUCAAAAUUAA